AUGUAGUCAGCUUUACCAAGAGUAAGAUUCUAGAGCGAGUAUCCAGUGAAAAAGGUGGUGAGUCCUUUGAUUGAAUUGCCAAUUGAGUAUUAAUUGGUGGAAAAGGCAGGCCAAGGAAGUUUCGGAGAAAUUUACAAGAUUUACAAUACUUUGACUCGCACUUUACAUGCAUGCAAAGUGGAGUUCAAAGAUACGAGACAAUAAAAUCAACAAUCCUUGUUAGUUAAGGAAUACAACACAUUCUAAUAGUUGAAGGGAAUCCCUCAAGUCCCCCAGCCUUAUCAAUUAAUUUAACAGUAAGAUUACAAAUUAAUCAUAAUGCCCUAUUAUGGUUCUGGCAAUCUCGAAGAACUAAGAAAGAAAUAAAUUCACGAGAAGUUCUCUGAAACCUGCAUAAUUAGAAUGGCAUAUUGUCUAAUUUCAGUAAUUGAGGCUGUUCACGAAAGGAAGUACGUGCAUAGAGAUAUCAAACCUGAAAAUUUCUUGGUAGGUAGUUUUGGUGAUCAUCAUACAGUUUAUUUGAUUGAUUUUGGACUAGCCAAACCCUUUGUUGAUGCCUAAGGCAUUCACAUUUAACAGGCAGACAAUAAAGGCAUGGUUGGCACAGCCAGAUACACCAGUAUUAACUCCCAUUUGGGUGCCGAAUAAAGUAGAAGAGAUGAUUUAGAAGCCAUGUGUUAUGUCCUGCUGUAUCUUUAUAAUGGUCAAUUGCCUUGGCAGAAUUUCAAUUGUCAAACCAGACAAGAGAAGUUUUUGAAGAUCCUAGAGGCCAAACAGAAAUUCGCUUCAGGUUAGUUAGAAAUAAACAUUCCUCCCAUUCUUAAGAAAAUCUAUGAUCAUUCCAAAGGGUUGAGAUUCGAUGAGCAACCAAAUUAUUCCAAAAUGAAAGAGAUCUGCAAAGAGGGAUUCAGCAAAACUAGACCUUACUGUUUUGAUUGGUGUGUAGUUGAUUGUAAAAUUAAACCUUUUGAAGACAUUAAUGAUGGAUAAAGUGAAUUGGCGAGUGAAUUCUCAACUGUUCGUAAACAAUUGAAGGGACAAACUACUGAUUAGAUUAGCACCAAUCUCAAAAAGAUAUUGCCAUGUGAGUAAAUUAAAGAAGAGGAUGAAGAAUCCAUUAGUGAACUACCUAAUGUCCAAAAGAUAACCAAAUUUUAUUAAAAUAAAAAACAUUGA